AUGACUACAACAAGUUCUAUUCCAAGUGAUUAUCAAAAUGCAAAUCCAUUACUUUAUACAUUUCGUGAUGACAACACGGGAAUUCAACCGUUUUUUGUUAUUGCCGCACAGUUCCUAGUUUUUGAUUUUUCAUUACGAUUUUGGGACAAAGCUGUUUAUGACACAUGGCAACUACCAAGUGAAUUAGUCGAAAUUGAAUACAUCAGACCAAAUCCGCCUAGACCUCCUACUCCAAUAACUCAUCCAGAACCAUACGUAAACGAAGAAUCUGACGAUAUUUCCUUUUAUAUUCUUUUACCAUUUAAAAAUCUUUUAACUACAAAAUCUAAUACAUCGGAUAGUAAAUUCAAAGUUAAAGUUGGCAAAAAAGCCAAACUAAUGACAUUUGACUUAUAUGAUUUGCUUUUCUCGGCUAUACCAUUAUUCGCUCAUACAGUUUGGUUUUGUAUUAUUCAAGGAAACUGUAUGUCUGGUGAAUUUGCGACCACAUGGCGUUGUUAUAACAUAUUUGGUUAUCGAAUUUACAAUUAUUUAUUCAGUCCAUUUACAAGUUUAGCUCAUACAUUUCUUACGAAAUUGUUUUUCUAUGCUCGUAAUAAACAAGCAAUUCAUGCUGCACAGCAAAGAAAAAGGUCAUGGCAUAGAAUUUUAUCGAAAACCAUCUUUUGGAUUAGUUUUGUUUGUACAGCAAUUACAUUUCUUUUCACUGNUUCUAAUUUUUCCAAUCAACUCCAUCAUUUUCUAUUCUUUCGACAUUUUUAA